AGGCGCAGGCGGCUUCGGUCAUUCAAGCUAUUAUCACUCACGCUCGCUAUCACUGAGUCGGGCGUGAUCCCACCAGCUGGCUUUGUUUUGCGUCUCAGAAAUUUGGUCGAUCUUACGCGUGGCUUUUUUGAGAUUUUCGCUCGAAGACCCUCAGUGCUACAAUUGGCAAUCAAUCAGUUUACUUCCAGUCGGAGUUCCUGAUUAGACGUUCGUUCGAGCCACUGAAAUGACUUCACACCCCUUGCUCAGUAAAGACUUGCCCGAUAUUGAAAAUGUGUUGAGGCUCAAUCCAAAAACACCAAAAUAUGCCAAAAUUCAACCUACUGUCCGCACAAAAGCAGAGAAGCUAAAAUGGAAAAGAAAUGCCUCCAAGAAUUGCUGUGGAUCACACUCGCUGGAAAAAAAUUUUGAUGACAUCAAACCUACAACAUUAAGUGAGAGAGGAGCUUUAAGAGAAGCUUCAAGAUGUCUAAAAUGCGCCGAUGCGCCGUGCCAAAAAUCUUGCCCCACACAGUUGGACAUCAAAAGUUUCAUAACCAGCAUCUCAAAUAAGAACUAUUAUGGGGCAGCAAAAGCUAUUCUUUCAGAUAAUCCAUUAGGGCUCACCUGCGGGAUGGUCUGUCCCACAAGUGACCUAUGCGUAGGAGGUUGUAAUCUUCAAGCAUCUGAGGAAGGGCCGAUCAACAUUGGAGGUCUUCAACAAUUUGCCACAGAGGUCUUCAAGGACAUGAAAAUACCCCAGAUCAGGGAUCCCAAUCAAUCAGUCCAAUUCAGCGACUCUAAAAUAGCACUGAUAGGUUGUGGACCUGCAUCCAUAUCAUGCGCAACAUUUCUUGCUCGUUUAGGAUACGCCGAUAUUACUAUCUUUGAGCGCGACAAUGUCAUAGGAGGCUUGAGCUCAACAGAAAUACCUCAGUAUCGUUUGCCGUAUAACGUUGUUAGUUUUGAGAUUGCUCUAAUGCAAGAUUUGGGAGUGAAAAUUGAGACUGGAAGAAGUCUGUCAACAGACGAUUUAACAGUUCAGAAAUUAAAGGCAGAUGGAUACAGUGCACUUUUCAUCGGCAUUGGAAAACCCCAAGCCAAUCUCAUACCAAUCUUUAAAGAUCUCACUGAAGAAAUGGGAUUUUUUACCUCCAAAAGUUUUCUGCCCAAGGUUUCCAGAGCAAGUAAACCAGGUGUUUGCUCAUGCAAAUCAGUAUUGCCAACCCUUUCAGGAAGUGUUAUUGUCUUGGGGGCCGGAGACACAGCAUUUGAUUGUGCAACGUCAGCCUUAAGGUGUGGUGCAAGGAAAGUCUUCGUUGUUUUCCGCAAAGGCUUUGGCAACAUUCGUGCUGUUCCAGAAGAAGUUGAAGCUGCAAAAGCUGAAAAAUGUGAGUUCAUUCCGUUCCAUUCUCCAAAGGAUGUCAUUAUCAAGGACAAUAAAAUUGUUGGUAUGAGUUUUUAUCGAACAGAAGAAACUGAAGAUGGGAAGUGGAUUGAAGACAAGGAAACAGUGAUCAAACUUAAGGCGAAUUUCAUAAUUUCUGCUUUUGGAUCUACUUUAAAUGAUACAAAAGUGAUGGAAGCACUGCAGCCAAUAAAACUCAAUAAGCAAGGUUUUCCUAUUGUGAAUCCGGAUACUUUGGAGUCAAGUGAACGAGGUAUUUUCUGUGGGGGUGAUGUUGCAAAUUACUCAGAGACAACCGUAGAAUCUGUGAAUGAUGGAAAAACUGCAGCGUGGCACAUUCAUAAGUUCAUCCAAGAAACAAAUGGAGGCAUUGUUGAGGAUGAGCCCAAGUUACCCAAAUUUUACACCCCAAUUGAUGAUGUUGAUAUCUCUGUAGAAAUGUGUGGACUUAAAUUUGAAAACCCUUUUGGACUUGCAUCUGCCCCACCAACCACUUCAGGUGCCAUGAUCAGGAGAGCCUUUGAAGCAGGCUGGGGCUUUGUUGUCACCAAAACCUUCUCUCUUGUCAAGGAUCUUGUCACCAAUGUCUCGCCUAGAAUCGUUAAGGGAUCGACAUCGAGACAUUUAUACGGACCAGAGCAAGGAUCAUUCUUGAAUAUUGAACUGAUUUCAGAAAAAACAGAAGCUUAUUGGUGCAAAAGCAUCAAAGAAUUGAAGGCAGAUUUUCCCUCAAAAAUUUUGAUUGCAAGUAUAAUGUGUACUUUCAACAAAGCUGAUUGGACAGAACUCGCUCAAAAAGCUGAGGCUGCCGGCGCAGAUGCUCUGGAAUUGAAUCUGUCAUGUCCUCAUGGUAUGGGUGAAUCUGGAAUGGGUCUCGCUUGUGGACAGGAUCCAGAGCUAGUCCGUAAUAUUUCAUUAUGGGUUCGUGAAGCGGUCUCCAUUCCAUUUUUUGUCAAAUUAACUCCGAACAUCACAGAAAUUGUAACGAUCGCCAAAGCAGCCUAUGAAGGUAAAGCAUCAGGCGUGUCUGCAAUCAAUACAGUUUCAGGACUGAUGAGUUUGAAAGGUGAUGGAACUCCGUGGCCGGCUGUCGGCAAAAAAAUGUUGACCACUUACGGUGGAGUUUCAGGCAAUGCCACUCGACCAAUGGGUUUGAGAGCAGUGUCUGCAAUCGCAAGGGCCCUUCCUGGUUUCCCAAUUCUUGGAAUUGGAGGUAUUGACUCAGCUGAUGUUGGAUUGCAGUUCCUCCAUGCAGGCGCAACUGUGCUGCAGAUUUGCAGUUCUGUUCAGAAUCAAGACUUCACAGUGAUUGACGACUACAUCACUGGACUUAAAGCAUUACUAUAUUUGCAAACCAUUCCUCAGCUUGGAAAAUGGGAUGGCCAAUCCCCACCCACACCUGUACAUCAAAAAGGGAAACCGGUCAUCUCUCUUAAGGCCGUUGUUGGAGAGAAUGUUCCUCAUUUUGGAGAAUAUCAAGAACUGAGAGAGAAAGUAACUGUUGAAAUUAAGAAGAAUAGCGAUCCGCUAGAUGGAAAAAUUGAACAGCACAGACCAGCUAAUUCACCUGAAAAGCCAGUGCCAACCGUACAACAAGUGGUCGGUCGCUCCCUACCCAUGAUUGGUGUCUACAAAAAUUUGGACAACAAAAAGCAAGUUGUUGCUUUAAUCAAUGAUGACAUGUGUAUCAAUUGUGGAAAAUGCUAUAUGGCUUGCAAUGAUUCAGGGUACCAAGCAAUAACAUUUGACCCAGAGACCCACCUGCCGCAUGUGACUGAUGACUGCACAGGCUGUGACCUUUGUUUGUCCGUUUGUCCGAUCAUUGACUGCAUAACAAUGGUGCCAAAAACGAUCCCUCAUGUCAUCAAAAGAGGAUGGGCCAUGGAUCUCAACGGUACUGUCAACAAUGUAUUGCCUUGUGCUUAGACUGGCGGUCUAAAGUGCAUUAAUGAGUCAGAAUCAAAAAUAUGAGGAAUGUAAAAAUCUGUUGAUUGAAUUCGAAGAUCACUACUCAAACUGGUGACAUGGAAUUCAGGAAGCAGCCUCACUUUUUUUUUUAGUUUUUGUUGUAAAU